GAUGGAUACCUUCUCCGAUGACAAUCAAGUGGGAGAAUUGGAGUUGGACUGCGGUUCUUUAGGAUUGUAUGUCUUCUCAUAAUCUAGAUCUCCACACUGGUAGAGAAGACAUCUUGUCCAUCUCUGUCGAGGUCGUCGGAAUCGAAAACGACUGUCGCCGUUGAGGCUGUCUUCACCGCCAACAACCCAAACCUCUUUUGGUUUUCUUUUCUCCCUUCUCCGAUCUUGGUGCAUCGGUAUUACUGGCGAUUAACUUUGCGGCGGAGUUCUUGUUGUGCUGGGAGGAUGAUGCUUGGAGGAUGGGAGUGGGUGGUGUGAUAGCAGGGGGUGCGUUAGCAGGCUGAAGGGAGUGAUGUACCUCGUGGUGUAAUAAUGAAACUUAUUGUGCGAGUGAUUGAAGCUCGAAAUAUACCUGCAAUGGAUCCAAACGGGUUCAGCGAUCCCUAUGUGAAGUUGCAGGUUGGAAAGCAGAGGUACAAGACGAAAGUGGUGAAGAAAUGUUUGAAUCCCUCUUGGUGUGAGGAGUUCAUCUUUCGGGUUGAUGAUUUCGGGGAUGAACUUGUUAUCUCUGUACUGGAUGAAGACAAGUACUUCAAUGAUGAUUUUGUUGGUCAACUCAAAAUCCCUGUUUCUAGUAUUUUUGAAGCCCCGCACAAGUCACUUGGCACUUCUUGGUACGUGUUAAGGCCAAAGGCUAAAAAGGCUAAGAAUAGGGAUUGUGGUCAAAUUCUUCUCACUCUAUGUUUCUCGCCGAACAACUUGUCGACAGACUUGCUAUCUAGUCGCAAUCCUGCUCCAUUACCAAAAGGGCUUGAUGAUGUGCAAAGUAGGUCUCCAUCGAGGUCCUCCACUGCCAAUACGAUAUCAUCUUCACCAAUAAAGUCAGAGGAGGCUGUCUCUUCAAAGGAAGAAAAGUCACAUACACAAACCCUUGCUGGUCGGUUUUAUCAGAUUUUUAACAAGAAUACUGAUGGCCCAACCACAUCCUAUGCAAAAUUUACAGAUACAACUGAAUUGUCUGACAGCGUUAGUACAGAGGAUAAUGAUGAUGCACAAGAGGAGCAGUCUUCAUCCAUCAGUUUUGAAGAAAUGAUGAGGAACAUGGAGAUGAAACAACAAGGCAGUGAAGUUCCUCGGAAUUUACCAGGAGUAGUCCUGGAUCAGUUGUAUGCCAUUGCUCCCCCUGAACUGAAUUCAUUGCUCUUUGCACCCGACUCGAACUUUCUUAAAUCUCUCACUGAUUCUCAAGGAUCCACUGAAUUGAAAGUGGGACCAUGGACGUUUGUAGGUGACGAUUCAAAUUUAAAAAGAGUAGUCAGUAUGACAAAGGCUGCAAGUAGAUUGGUCAAGGCUUUGAAAGCAACAGAGGAACAAACUUAUCUGAAGGCCGAUGGGAAGACAUAUGCAGUAUCUGUCAAUGUAAGCACUCCAGAUGCUCCAUAUGGUAACACAUUUAAAAUUGAAACACUUUACUGCAUCACUGCCGGCCCAGAUCUGGCUUCAGGAGAAAAGACAUCAAGACUUGUAGUAUCGUGGCAGAUAAACUUUUUGCAGAGCACUAUGAUGAAAUCUAUGAUAGAAAAUGGAGCAAGGCAAGGUAUAAAAGACAGCUUUGAGCAAUAUGGAAGUUUAUUAUCUCAAAAUGUAAAGCCAGUAGAUGAAAAAGAGUUUUCUUCCGAGAAAGACCAGGUUUUGGCAACCCUUCAAGUGGAGCCACAGUCAGAUUGGAGACUUGUUGUUAAGUACUUUGCUAAUUUUACUGUAAUAUCAACAUUUAUCAUAGGGUUGUAUGUGGCUUUGCACAUCUUCCUCGCGAUGCCUAGCACUAUUCAAGGGCUUGAGUUUGUUGGGCUUGACUUGCCUGAUUCUAUUGGUGAAUUGAUUGUGUGUGGAGUAUUAGUACUGCAAGGCAAAAGGGUCCUAGAGUUAAUGUCGCGCUUUAUGCAGGCAAGAGGACAGAACGCCAAAGGUGGUGACCAUGGAAUUAAAGCACAUGGAGAUGGCUGGUUGCUAACCGUUGUGUUGCUUGAAGGGCACAGUUUUGCAGCUGUUGACUCAAGCGGGUUCUCUGAUCCAUAUGUGGUUUUCAGUUGCAAUGGAAAGACAAAAACCAGCUCGAUUAAGUUCCAAAAUUUAGAUCCCAAGUGGAAUGAAAUUUUUGAGUUUGAUGCAAUGGAUGAGCCGCCAUCUCUACUGGUUGUGGAGGUUUUUGAUUUUGAUGGUCCUUUUGAUGAAGCUACCACUCUUGGACAUGCUGAAAUUAAUUUUUUAAAAACUAAAAUAUCUGAUUUAUCUGAUAUCUUAGUGCCUCUUCAAGGGAAGUUGGCUCAAGCUUGUCAAUCUAAGUUGCAUUUAAGAAUUUUCUUGAAUAAUACAAAAGGUAACAACCUUGCGGUAGAUUAUUUGUCUAAAAUGGAGAAAGAAGUUGGGAAAAAGAUCAGAUUAAGGUCCCCUCAAACAAAUUCAGCUUUCCAAAAGCACUUUGGACUUCCACCUGAAGAGUUUCUGAUUAACGAUUUCACUUGUCACUUAAAACGAAGAAUGCCUCUUCAGGGCCGUCUAUUUUUGUCAGCAAGGAUAGUUGGAUUUCAUGCUGAUCUCUUUGGACACAAGACAAAAUUUUUCUAUCUUUGGGAAGACAUAGAAGACAUUCAAGUCACCCCCCCAACGUUGUCAUCAAUGGGCAGCCCUAUUGUUAUCAUGACACUAAAGCCUCACAAAGGAUUUGAUGCAAGACAUGGUGCUAAAACUCAGGAUGAAGAUGGCAGGCUAAAGUUCUAUUAUCAAUCGUUUGUGUCUUUCAAUGUGGCACAUAGGACAAUUAAGGCAUUGUGGAAAGCAAGAGCAUUGAGCCCUGAGCAGAAAGUACAAAUAGUUGAAGAAUCAGAGGCAGAGACACUAGAAAUGACCGAAGAGGAGUCUAUAGCAAAAAACAUACAAGUUGUAAAUGAAGAAAAUGAAGGAAAAAGCUUACAAAGUGAAGAUAGUAGAUCAUUCUUGUGGGAUGAGGAUUUGCGCAUGUCGACUUUUUAUUCUUCUUCACUAUCAGUCCCUACUGAGUUUUUCAUGGAAUUAUUCAGUGGGAAUGAGCUUGACCACAGAAUAAUGGAGAGAAUUGGAUGUCUUAAUUAUUCUCCUAGCAGUUGGGAAUCUGAAAAGCCUGAUGUUUAUCAAAGGCACCUAUAUUACAAAUUUGAUAAAUGCAUAUCACAUUAUGGAGGUGAGGUCACUAGCACACAGCAGAAACUUUACCUUCCUGAGAGAAAUGGGUGGAUUGUAGAAGAGGUGAUGACACUUCAUGGGGUUCCUCUUGGAGACUUUUUUACACUUCAUCUGAAAUAUCUAGUCGAGGCUGCACCCCCAAGAUCAGUAGGAUGCAGUGUUACCAUUCAGUUUGGAAUGAUGUGGUUGAAAUAUGCUAAGCAUCAGAAGAGGAUCCGAAAAAACAUUGAAUCCAAUCUGAAAAAGCGUGUGCUUAUCAUGUUUAGUUCACUUGAGAAGGAAUUUCAUAAUUUGGGAUAGCAGACGUUGCAUACACAAUGACUGUACAAUUUGUGAAUUAAGUUAUAUACCAAACUGCCGGUGCAGAAAAUAGCUACUACUCCUACUAGUAAGAUCCAACGACAAGUGAUCGUGUACACUAUGCCAUAACAUGUUGCUGAUGCUGUGAUGAUAUCACGUCAUAUAUAUACUUGCUGAACAGAAAGAUGUGACAGGAAACAGUGUAUUGAUUGACAUUACUAACUGGUCUGCAGCUGCAAUGCUAGAGAGCUGCUUAACAGGAUCUUGUAUAACUAAGCCGAACAUGCUUUGGGCAAGUGGUUAUAAUCCUUGUGUGGGUUUUACAAACAGUAUCUUAGUGUAUCUCAAAAAUGUAAAACUAGAACAGUUAUACUUAUUUUUUCCCCACUUAAGUUGUCUGUUUACUAUUCAUAGAAGCUGAAAAGUUGGACAGUAUAGUGCGUCGACGAACGGCUCAGCAUCACCUGCAUUCCCCAAAUCUUCAAAAUCGCCCGCUAGUACAGUACGUGAGGCCAAUGUGAGAUCAUAUUUGUUCUCUACCAACAGAAGAAGAAGAUUAUGUAAUUCUAAGAGAUCCAUGAAACUAUUGGCAUUAUGUUAGUGUGCAUUAUUCAGGUUCGUGAAACUAUUGGCAAGCUUGAGCACAAAACUUCUCUCUCAAAGGUGUGUUCUCUCACAAAAGGUGGUUGGGCAAUACACAAAUGGUUUGGAUGAAGGAUUAUUGGUUUCAGCCACAAAUACUUGAGGCUAUCUGGGAACUUGUUGCAUGUGUAGGGUUUAACUUUCAAAUGGCAACGGGCUGAAUUAGUUCAGGGCCUCAGGGGCUAAUUUUAUGAAAUCACUCAGGCACGAGCUUAGGCUUUAAGAGUGUUUAAGGGUUGGGCUGACAGCCUGACACAGAUUUCAUCAUUCUGGAAUAAGUUUUAAAUGUAAGAUUUAAUUGGGAUUAGAUUGGGCACUUGAUUUAGGCCUUGGAAGCCAUACUAAACAUGGCCAACACAU